AUGUUUGCGACGUUCGGGUGCAAAGUGUUGAAAUCCGGCUGCUUUCUUCACCUUCGCCUCAUAGUGAGGCCAAGGAGGACCCGGCCUACAACCCGCUUUCGGACUGCAGUGCCAGCCGCUUGCGACGCCCGUUCGGUCCGAACCGUAAGUGUUGCUGGGAAAUCAGACGAAGCACAGCGCUCGAAUAAAAUCGUACUUGAUUAUGUUCACGUUCCACCGAAGAUCGAUCGGGUAAACGAAGCCAACUUGCCGCCGAUCAUAUUUUUGCAUGGAUUGCUCGCUAGCUGGAGAACGUACCGUUCUGUCUUGCAACGGCCUGAUCUCGCACCUGAUCGCAGCAUCUAUGCACUUGACCUCCGAAAUCAUGGAUCGAGUCCGCACAGCGAGGAAAUGAGCUACGAUUCAAUGAUCGGCGAUUUGUUAGCUUUUAUGACGACCCAGAACAUUUCGCGCGCCUGUCUGAUGGGACACAGUAUGGGCGGCAAGCUGGCGAUGGCCGCUGCGCUUGCGCAUCCUCAUGUCGUGUCAGAGCUCAUUGUUAUGGAUGCAGCACCUGUUGUCUAUAAGGACCACUCUUGGCAAAUGGCGGAAGUCUCCGAGGACUCGCCCCAGGCUGUCGUUCAGGCUAUUGCGAAACUAAAUCCGAUCCCAGCCCAUAUGCGAACGCGACGGGAUCUGGAGGAGGCACUUCGCAACCUGGGAAUUCGCAGCCACGACGUACGACAGUUUGCGCUGACCAACCUGGUUCGAAGAGGCAACGUGGACCAAGAAAUGGCUUGGCGAGUGAAUAUUUCCGCAAUUGCGCGGAACAUGGCAGAGAUCAUGGGUCUUCCCAAGUGGAUGCAGGAGGCGAGCAGGCAACCCACAGACACUGCGGGCCAUUCCUUCACCCAAAAGGAUGCAGAAACUAAGCAUGCAGUUGUAUACCGCGGCCCAACGUUAUUUAUUCGCGGUUCGCGUAGCGCUUAUGUCCAAGAUGCACACUGGCCUGUCAUUCGCCGUCUCUUUCCCAACGCAUCGCUCGUAACAAUCGAUGGCGCGGGCCACUGGUUACAGAGCGAGAAACCAGACGAAUUCACCCGAAUUGUGAACGCGUUUCUGAAUCGCAGCACGACCUCUGUACGUGCUUCGGAGUCUCCUGCACAUGAGCCAGUCUACUGA